AAUACCUUAGACCAAACAAAAUGGAUUAGAACAACAUAGAAUAUCUCUGAAACAUGUUUUCGUUGAAAAAUGGGCGUUGUGUUGAUAUCGGCUUGACAAAACUAUACAGCAAACUACCCAAUCGGGUAUCAUUUUUAUUGUUGGGUGUAAGAUGACAUCUGAACGUUUCGGCCUGGACUUUAAAAUCCUAGCUUGGGUAGUAUUUAUGUGUAAAUGGAAAUUUUCAUUUUAAGGCAACAUAUUAAAGGGAAAGUGAUGGUAUUCGGUUGUUUUUUCUACUUCAUUAUUGCAUUUCCAUGGCAUCUUAAAGGUCAAAUAUUACAAAUAUCGACAAAGUUUGUCUUGGGAAAUGUGAUAUUUUCAUGGCAACGAUUUGACUAUUCGGCCUAUUACGUCCAAAUUACCAGAGACACAACAAGUGAUACCUGGGCCCGUGUGAAUAGUACACACUACACUGUGAGAGAUGUAUUGUUGUAUGAUCCCAUCAGUAUCAAUGUAAGGACAUCCGCAUCCGCUGAUAACAACAUAGAGACGUACAAUGUGUCAAAAAUUAAAACCAAGAUAGGAGACAGAGUGAAUAUAUCAUGGACAGCGUCGUUCUUUCCAUUAGCCGGACUAUAUAAUGUCUACCAUACAUAUGGCAAAAACAAAACUGUAUUCAGUGUUAGAAGCAGUGGUGUAAGCUAUGGAGGAAAUAAUCAGUCGACAAAGUACACAUACCUCACCAGACCGUACAAUUCCACUAACAUCAUGUUUGAGAUAAGGGACAUAACUUUGGAUGACGCUGGAUAUUACAAUGGUGGAACGUCGGCUGGAGCCGCGUGGUCAGGUGGAGGUGUUGUACUGAUUGUUUCCAACAGAUCUUCGAAACCUAGAAUCACGGGAAACCUUAACGUUGAGGUCAAUAAUACCAUUACACUGACGUGUUCCAGUCAAUCAACCUCAGCCCCUGACUACUACUCCAAGCUCGUCACCUUGUCUCACACCUGGUUUGUCAACGACACUAAGAUGGGCAGAGAAACCAGAGAUACUGUAACAUUAAAAGUAACGAAAGAGUUCAAGUACAACAAUUACUCUUGUACAGCGACAGAUGAAGGUCUGGAAUCUGAAAGAAGUGACCCAGUACAGAUUAACCCUCUGUACGGACCGGACAUAUUAAUUAUCACUCCAGAACUUAAAUUGAACGUCGAUGACAAAUUAACAGUAAGGGAAUGGGAGACUAUUGGUCCCUUUGUUUGUACAGCGGAUUGCAAUCCACCGUGUAAUAUAACGUGGAGAGUACAGGGCUCCGAUGGAUUCAGCGAUACUCGUCCAGUGAUGGGGACGUUAUUACAACAAGCAGUACAGAGAAAUAUGCUGUCAUUCCGAUGCGAAGCAGAUUGGGGAGAUAAGACAUUAAAACAAGGAGUUCAACUUGAUGUCCAAUAUUUGAAUGAACCUACUCUCUACAAGAACAGCAGUCCUAAUUCGAAGCCGAUGUGGACUGUGAAAGAAAACGAACCUUUACGUGUUGCGUGUUUCGUAGACGGGAAUCCAACACCAACGGUUCGCCUAAUUAAAGGUCAAGAUGAAAUAGCAACAAACAGGAGCCCUUCAAAAUGGGCAAACUACACUGCAACACUCUGUGGGGAUACGGAUAAGUAUAUUUGUGAAGGCAGUUCUAGUGGGUUCAAUUCUAGCUCUCAGACGGUGAACAUAAAUAUUACUUGUAAACUGCGCAUUGAUAAGAGUGGCCCACUCCAAACAAACUAUAGUUCCACGAGUGGGAACAAUAUCAAAGUAGCACUGGCAAUUCCAGUUAUUGCAAACCCCCCACCGCAGGCUUUGGAUAUCACAUGGAUGGGACCUACUGAUCACCCACUCACAUCGACCGUCUCCCAGCGAGAUGUUGUAUACAAACACUGGAUCAACACUUCUGUACCAAUAAAUAACCAUUCUAAUUUUGGCUAUUAUGUAAUGAAAUACAAGAACGAAAUAAUUCACAACAUUACCAUCAAUGCACAAGAUAUUCCACAAACACCCAUAAACUUCACUGGCUAUUCCUUCACAAAUAGAUACAUCAAUCUUACUUGGAUUUCUGGAUUCAAUGGGGGCUACGAUCAAUUCUUUAUUCUGUAUCUGAACGAGGGCUCAACGUGGACAGAAGAAAGAAAUUUAACAGACCCUGGUGAAGGCAGGGAAGUAAAAUUUGAUCAUGGGCCAUUGACCCCUGGAAGUGAAUACUGGUUCUGGUUGCAAAGUUGUAAUAAAAUUAAUUGUUCGUCAACCUUUGAUGAUGUAAGGGCAGUUGUUAAAGGUAAUUUACUAAAACGAUCUUACCUAAUUUCAGAGGACGGAGCCAAACUCACUGAUGCAAUCGUUGUAAUCUGCAUUCUUUCAACUCUUUUCGGGAUUACAUGUCUAGUAGUGGCAGUAAUUGUAAUCUGUAAAACUCGCUAUGGUAAUAAAAAUCAAAAGGAUACACACGGCGACCAGACUAUUCAGUUAGAGGAGAAACUCAUGACGGAGCACUACGAGAAUGUACAAGGUACCGGAACAUGUGGUGACGUCACAGUGCAAGGUGAUGUCCGAGUACAAAGCAGUGACGUAGACUGCGACCACACAACACUGGAGCGUCCUGACCAUGAAACUGUCUAUGAGGAGUUAAAGUCAAUUUAAAAAUGCUAAUUAAAACGUUUGAUCGAUGCAUGAUGUGUAAUCAAAUGUCAUUCAUUCGAAAAUUAAUGAGUUACUCUUUCAUCGUUUGUUAACUACUUAUAUUAUAUCGUCUGACUAAGAUUUUCAAUGAAAUAUGUUUCAAUUUGUAUUAACAUUUUAUUGUUGAAAAUUUUCCUUCCGUUACACCAAUGACCUCGGAUAAAAUUCAGAGAUUCGUCCACAUUGAAAUAUAAGAAAUCGUUUUUUAUAUAUGAAUAUAUAUAGUAACUUACUGGACAUUAUACUGAAACCUCUUUGUGAAUUAUAACCUAGUAAUGUCAGAGAUGAUAUGGAUUUUCUGAACUAUAUUCCUGAAAGUGUUGAUCCUAAAACAAUUCUCGUCAGCUUCGAUGUUAUUAGUCUUUAUACUAACUUCCCACAUACAUUAGGACUAGAGGCCAUAUAUUUCUGGAUAGAAAGACAUCCGAAAAAUCUAAACGCCAGGUUCUCUAAAGAAUUCAUACUUGAAGGACUAAAAUUAGUUCUGGAGAAUAACCUCUUUAACGUUGACGGGAAAUUCUUGUUGCAAACAAAAGGUACCGCUAUGGGGGCUAAAGUUGCGCCCACAUAUGCUACGUUAGUAAUGGGGUAUUUAAAGAAUACACUUUUUAAAAGAACACCAGAAGUGUUUCAUGCCGAACUUAGUACCUAUAUAGGAUCUAAUUUGAAACGCAUU